UUUUAAAUGUUCACAGAAUCAACCAACGGGUGACAGAAAUGUAACGCGGUGAGUCUGCGAACUUGUUAAAUCGGCAGCGGACAACCAAUUCCUGUCUAUUUCACCUUACAGCGCAGUUGCAGGGUUGUCGAGCGCAGCGGAGCUGGGGAGUGCCGCGAUCUCAAAAAUCUGACAAUAUAUAUAUAAAGUCGGUAGUCUUCUUUUCCCUCACGUAAUAAAUAACAUAAAAAUGGCUGAUCCGCGCGCGCAUGCGCACAGUUCCUGCCUGGACAAUCCUUCCCCCGCCUUCCAGUGCCGCGUGACGUCUUCCAUGGCGACGGAAACUUAAGCUGUGCUGCCGCCCCACACUGGACAACGGAUGAGAGGAGAGUUAGGCGUGCGAAUGCUUUUAGAAAGACUCGUCAAGAGAGACAGAAGUGGGAACGAAAAAAGCUGAUGUUUUACUGUGACCUCUAGAUGGAUGCGCAAGAGGGGAUAUGUAAAGCUGGUGUAAAUAACCUCAACAUAAUCACUGUACGUGUUAAGGAGGAGGAGGACUGUGAAUGGGAGAGCAUCCACCCUAAACAGGACAGUCUGGGGAUUAAGAAAGAAGAUUGUGAACUGGAGUCGUUUGGCAUUAAAGAAGAGGCUGAAGAAAAGUCUGUCGGCAUUGAUGUGCGCAACAAGUAUGAAAGUGUAGAGGAAGACGACCUUCAUUUUGGCUGUCGGGAUGGAGCAGAGAUCGGGUUAUUCUCCUCUCAAAGCAAUGACUCUUCACAUUUAGAGCCUUCCAUUGAUGUGAAGUCUGAAUCAUUACAGGCUGCAACAAAUUUGACUGGGGAAGUUUCAUCUGUUAGAAUUCCGAAAGAUCAGCUACCACCUGCAAAUCAGCCUAAAAAAAAAAACAAACGUCACUGUUGUUCUGAAUGUGGCAAACAAUUCUGUCGCAAGAGUAGUCUUCAGAUACAUAUGAGAAUUCACACUGGAGAGAAGCCGUAUUGCUGUCAUGAAUGUGGCAAACAGUUUUCACAAAGAAACACUCUUCAGAGACACACCAGAAUUCACACAGGAGAAAAGCCAUUUUGCUGUUCUGAAUGUGGUAAACAAUUCCGCCGUAGCAGUAAUCUUCAGAGCCACCAAAGAAUUCACACUGGAGAGAAGCCAUAUUCUUGUUCUGAAUGUGGCAAACAGUUUGCACACAAGUGCAAUCUUCAGAGCCACCAAAGUAUUCACACAGGAGAGAAACCUUAUUGCUGUUCUGAAUGUGGCAAACAAUUUGCACAAAUGAAACAUCUUUGGGGCCACACAAGGAUUCACAGUGGAGAGAAGCCAUAUUGCUGUUCUGAGUGUGGCAAACAGUUUUUGCUAAGAAGCAGCCUUCAGAGGCAUAAAAGAGUUCAUACAGGAGAGAAGCCGUACUGCUGUUUGGAAUGUGGGAAACAAUUUUCACAAAAAAAUACUCUUCAGAUCCACAAAAGAAUUCACACAGGAGAGAAGGCAUAUUGCUGUUCUGAAUGUGGUGAACAAUUCUCGCAUGCCAUCAAUCUUCGGUGCCACAAAAAAAUUCACACCAAAGAGAAUUCACCACAUAUCCGACCAGAUAAAGGAAAAUUAUGCCGCUUAGCGUCGGAGUUGCUUUCGUCGAGUAUCUGGAGGCGAGCAAGAUGUGGAAGCAGCAAAGAAGCAGCAGCUGUCAAUUAUUGUAGCACCAAGAUGGAUGUGAAAGAGGAGAUGUGUGAGGCUGACACAAAUACUAUGGAGAUAAGGACUGUAAAUAUUAAGGAUGAGGAGGACUGUGAGGGGGUGUCUGUCCAUCCUAACAAGGAGAGUGUCCGCAUUAAGGUUGAGGAUUAUGAACUGGUAACUGUGGACACUAACGAAGAGGCUGAGGAGACGUCUGUCAGCAUUGAGACUUACAGACAAAAACAUAGGGAGUAUACUGAGCUCAAGGUGACGUCUGACUCUAAAUUAAAGUGUGGCAAAAAGAGGACUGGAGAAACUUCAUCUGUUAGAACUCGGGAAGAUCAGCCAUCACCUACACGGCAGUCUGGAGUCAAUUUGCAAGAAAUUGGAACCUUCUCCUUAUCUUCAUUUCCUCAGAUAUCUCUACAGUGCAGGUCACAACAGCCACAGCAACAUGAAAAUAUGAAGACUUUGAUAUCUGAAUCUGAGAUUUUGAUUCCAGUCUCUUUGUGUUCCCUGCCUGUUGUGAAAAUGACAAAGACAGAUAAAAGGAGGACUCGGCGACAGAUGUGCAGUACAAAUUCAUCUACUUUAUCUAUUUUACAAGAGCAAAGGAAAGGGUUAAAACAGAAGUCUAAAUACACUAAUGAGAAGGGCAGCCCUACAAGAAAGAAGCCACAUUGCUGUUCUGAAUGUGGCAGACACUUCUAUGACCGUAGCAGUCUUCAGAUUCACACAAGAAUUCACACUGGAGUGAAGCCAUAUUAUUGUACUGAAUGUGGCAAACGAUUCACCACUAAUGGCAGUCUUCACGUCCACACAAGAAUUCACACUGGGGAAAAGCCAUAUUGUUGUACUGACUGUGGUAAACAAUUCUCUACAAAUGGUAAUCUUCAGAAACACACCAGAAUUCACACUGGAGAGAAGCCAUAUUGCUGUUCUGAAUGUGGUAAGCGAUUUUUACAAAGUAACCAACUUCAGACUCACAAAAGAAUUCACACAGGAGAGAAGCCAUAUUGCUGUUCAGAAUGUGGCAAGCAAUUCUCUAUGGCUGCUAAUUUUCAGUUUCAUAGAAGAAUACACACUAGAGAGAAGCCAUAUAUCUGUUGUGAAUGUGGGAAGCAAUUCAUUAGCAGUAGUAGUCUGCAGACCCACAAAAGAAUUCACACUGGAGAAAAGCCGUAUUGCUGUUCUGAAUGUGGAAAGAAAUUCUCCCAGUUAGGCAAUCUUCAAAAACACACAAGAAUUCACACUGGGCACAGGCCAUAUUGCUGUUCAGAAUGUGGAAAACAAUUCACCAACAGUAGCCAUCUUCAGAGACACACAAGAAUUCAUACUGGAGAGAAGCCAUAUUGCUGUUCAGAAUGUGGAAAACAAUUCACCACGAAUGGUAAUCUUAAGCAACAUGCAAAGGUUCAUACUAGAAUGACUAGUGAAAAGGAUUAAUAAAAACAGAACUAAUAAAAAAGAAACUUCCAGAUGCAUCUUAACAUCCUACAAAUGAAUGUAACUCCAUACAAACUGCAAAAGGAAGCCUAUUCGAAAUUUAAGAGAAUAAGAGCUACAGCAGUACAACUGAACUGUCAUGAAUAAAGAGCAAAGUUCAUCCUUGUCUUCAUAGUAUGCACACCACAAAUUUUAAAGAAAUUAGCACAGAGAUAAGUAAUGAUCUACAGGCCUAAUCAGAAAUUUCCGGACCAAUCUUGACACCCUACCAAUUAGCAUAACGCUGUAUGAACUGAAAAAGAAAGUGUUUUUGGAAGCAAACCAAGUGUUCCUCUGUGAAUGUAUGGGGAUAACAGUUACUGCAACACAACAGACAUGUCAUAUGACUGAAGUGUGAGGUUCAAUCUUGCUUUGAUAAUAAGCACACCAAGACAUUCUGAAGAGAUUAACUCUGAGAGAAGCCAAACCACUGUUCUGAAUAUGGCAAAUGAUCUGUUGAUAAUGGUGGCCAUCGGAAACACAUAAGAGAAUUCAAACUCUGUCUCUGUGUCUGACACAGCCUGGAUCUUUGAAGUAUCAUUCUCAAGUGAUCUCUCAGUGAAAGGACAGACAAUGAUGAUAAUGAUAAUAAUAAUACAUUUUAUUUGUAAAACACCUUUCCCAUGCUCAAGAUAAAAUAAUUGAAUACCAAGAAAAUGAUCAGGAAAUAAACCACAUGUGGAACAAAACCACUGAAGUUACGCCAGUGAUGCCGGAA